UACAUUAGGACUUGAAUUACUUGAAGCUAGAGCGCUUCCAUGUUUCUACACAUCAUUCAGCGACUUCGCCAUUACGGUCGGGUGGGCAGUCGAUUCCUGCGCUGGGCAACGUUGGUAUGGAUUUGAUCUUACUACGGGUCAACAAAAUAUCCCACUGCCGCUACGGGCAUUCCUCCAGUUCCUUCCCCGACGGAAGCCCGAAACGUUUCGGAAGCUUAUCGCUGAGUCAUGAUCGCCUACAGCUCUCUUAGAGCUCCUCUUAGACUCUGGUUCCAACGUCGAUUUGCUUGUUACUAUGCGCGUGCCAUACAUCAGGUUAGCAGCUCAGAAUGCACCUUGUCGGGGUGUCCCGCGAAGCUGGUGGCGAAGCUCUCCACGAAUCUUUCGGUCUUGCGCGCACAAAAAAACGAGCACAGCACAGGGGACACCCUCGUCUUCCAUUCAUUGACAGUGUCAUGUUGACCAUACCAAGUACCUGGUUGAAAUCAGAGAAGCUGAGGGCUAU